CUGAAAAAUAAUGUCCGACUUCUUUUCUCCUUGGGCGAGGCCCACUUCCUCAACGGUGACUACACACAAGCUAUGCAACUCUUCCAAAAGGCUCACCUUACUGACCGUCUCAACGUGAAAAACAUGGACACUUUGGCCUACCUUUACCUGAAAGAGAAAAAGAUGACAGAACUGGAAAGUUUAGCAAACCAUGUGAUGUAUGGCAACGAACACAUCCCUGAGCCAUGGGUAGUCAUUGGCUACUACUGUAUGGCCAACAGGAAGGUGGUAAAGGCUGUGCCGAAGGCAGUUUACUUUGCUCAGAAGGCAUACACUAUUGAUAACCGAAACAUUGAAGCUUUGCUCUUAAAGCGUUUUGCAUUGCUUGAGCUAAAGAAGAUGCAAGAUGCUGCAUCACAUUUUAGGGAAGCCAUCACGCUGGCCCCAUACAGAUUUGAAGCGCACAAAGGUUUAAUUGACUGUUAUAUGGCCAGCCACCGACCCAGAGAGGCGAUCAAUUUAGCUGGGAAAGCAGUGAGAUAGUUGGGUAACAAUGCAAGAUCUUUGACACUCUAUGCCUCUGUACUGUCUGAAGAACCUACAACAGCAAUAAAGGCCAAACAAUAUGUCGAGAAAGCAAUGAAACUGGACAGUUCAUAUUUGGAGGCUGUGUAUGUGAUGACUGUGAUACUGGGCAAGGAACAGCAGUACGACAAGGCUAUUGAACUACUUCGCAAGACCCUGGUCCACCACAACACCUGCCAUCUCCAUCAAAUGCUCGGGGACUUCCUGUCACAGACCAACGAAGCACUGGAGGCUGUCAAUCACUACAGUAUAGCCCUCAGGAUGGACCCAGCCAAUUUACCUGCAAAGGAGGGCAUCCAAAGAAUUGAGAAACAAACAGACAAUGGUUCCUCUAUUAAUAAUGCCAUAAUAUUUGUUGCUAUUCAAGAAUUACUUCCGUUGCCAGAUUCCUCAGAGUUGGUCUGA